AUGUAUGAUCUCCUAGAAAAUGCGGGUAGUGCUGGGUCUGAUUUUCAAGGACACUUUCAGCGCGCAGUCGCUAGCAUUAUCCCUACUCUACUGUAUAGCUUCUAUAUCAAAGACUAUAAUAACCCGGGUCUCUGUGUCGUUGUUAAAUUCAACGAAGAAUUCUUAUACUCCUUGGAAGGCAAAGGGUUAGAACAACUACUAGAGCAAACUGUUGAGAAAGAUAACCUCGAUAUACCCUUAGAGGAGCUGGCGUUCGAGCUUGGUACUAUGAUUGAUGCCGCACUGACCAGCACUACUGACGGUUUGAUCUGGUUUGUAGUGGCUUGCAUCACGCAAGACCAGGGCUUCAUCGCUAAGGCUCGCAAGGGGCUUGAUGCCGUUGUCGGGCGCGACAGACUCCCAGUCUCCGAGGACAAGCCCAACUUGCCGUACAUUACCGCUAUUGUCGAAGAAAUAUUCCGUUGGCGGCCCGCUGGCCCUGAGGGUGUCCCUCACCUAAACAGGAAAGAGGAAGUCUACAAUGGAUAUACUAUUCCCAAGGGAUCUGUCAUUGUACCCAACGUUUGGACAAUCUCCCGGGAAAAGGCCUUGUUCGGCGCAAUCCCUGACGACGGCAAAACGCUCAGAGCACCGCCCGCAGUCGCCUUCGGCUAUGGAAGGAGGACUUGUCCUAGUCGUCAUUUCGCACGCAAUGCUAUUUGGAUUCUGCUAUGGUCAUUCGAUAUCAAGGCUGGUCUGUUUGAGGAGACAGGCGAGCAUAUCCUUAUUGACCCCCUUGCAUGCACCUAUGGCCUGGUUAUGCGGGCUCUGCCCUUUAAGGCUUCAUUUAAUUCUCGUGGGCCUUGGGUGCGUGAAGUUAUUGCCAGAGUGGGUGACACUUAUAGCAAGGAUCAUGAGGCUAUGCUCAUUGAAAUUGGGGCAGAGUUCACUAAAUUGUAG